AUGUUGAAAAGUGCACUUGAAUGCGAUUUGUAUAAAGGAUUGAUAUGGAUACCACCUACGCCAAAGAUAGCUGAACGCAACACCCGUCCCCACUCCACCAACAAAACAACAACACCCUCAGAAGAGAAAUACAUGCACUACAAAGCUUUGGCAAAGGAGUUGCAAGAUAUCGACACCAACAUCAAGAAACUACAUCAGAACUUUCAACAAACGAGCAACCUUUCAGACUCAUUCCGCCGAUUGGAAACAGUGCAUUCUUCAAUGUUUAUGGGUGCAUCCACCAUCUUCAAAGACUCCAAACACCAGCAACAGCAACAACAACAGCUGCCUCGAUAG